AUGCCUCCGCCAUCAUCACUCGUCCUCAUUUUCCUUCUACUAGUGCACAUCGGUGCUGGCCAGUCGCAGGAUGACAGCCAGCCAAUCCAGCCACCACCAUCCGCAGACGCCUCAGAGAAUCACCUGUCAUGGCAAUCUGCCUUUUGGGCUCUCCUCGCCCUUGUCCUCAAUACCGCAACCCAACCGUGCGGGAAGAUCUGCGGGUUCCCCUCGGAAUGGGGCUUUUGCCUCAGGUGGUCGCCAGUUGUCUGCGUCAUUAACUCGCUCGAAGCCCUCAGCUGCCUUCGCCUCCACCACCACUCUAAACGGACUCUGGUUGUCGCACCACACAAAUACAACACAGAAAUAGAUAUCUCACACAGUGACGUGGCCAACUUGCAGCGCAACACCUUGAUCCGUAUUGUCGCCUUCAUCUUGGGACCUCUAUUGCAAGCGACCAAGUUGUACGCAUGUCAGGGCACCUUCUGGGUUCAAUUUCUAGCAUCCAUCUACCUCACCAGUUUCCUCUGCGAUGAGUUGGUGCUCGGCCUCAUAUGGAUAGCCGGACCCGCGGAGGGCCGGAACAGGGUGAUCGGGCUGGUCGAAGCCGUGGCGGGGAGUCGCCUCCGCCCUCCGGUCCACUUCCCGCUCCUCAGACUUGAAAGCGAUGCGGCUAUGGACGAGGACGACCAACUUCGAGACAGCCGCACAACUUUGAGACAAGCUCUGGCCAUUAUCGCCUCUCACUUGCUGCUAGGAUGGUUUUUGGUCGAAACUAUUACCGGAGCAUAUAUGACGCACUUUCAUGCCGUUAUAUUUAGCAUGCUCGGAACGGCUUUUCUUGGCAGCAUCGUGUCAGGUAUCUUUUGCGGCUUGCGUUCCUACAAGAAGCAUCAAAAGAUGCCGCAAGUCUUUUUGGACGUCCUGUAUGGCGUUGGCAACGUCAUAUGGCCAACUGGACUUGUGCUUGCCAUUGGAGAAAAGUGCCAGGGGCUGGCAGUGAUACAGGCCAACGGUAUCAUAGACUUCAACGCCAAAGGUUCUGGCAGCCAAUGGGCCUGGAAAAUCGGAAUGGUCCUGUGGACUCUGGAGAUAUCCCGAUGGGCCCGAUUGCACCUCACAACUAGCAAUCGAUACGGGAUCCCAAAGCCCGUGGACGUCAUUCUUCCACUCUGGGCGAGUGCGCAUAUUGUGGUUGCACUGGCCAUGUUUAACUUUGCGUAUGAUCCGAGUCGUACUUACAAACCGGCUUGGACCGAUGUGCUGGGAUGA